GGAAGAUCAUGUGACUGUCAUAUGGGUCGAACAGGGAUUGUGAACUAACAUCAAGUGGUGUUUUUUUUCCUGUUCCGUUAUCAGAUGGUCACAUGAUCAUAUUUUCAUUCAUUUCUAAUUCAUACAAUAAGAUUUCUCAUUCAGGUCACUGAGAAGAGGAUGAGAAUUUCGUGGAAUUAUGAUGUCAUUUGUGCCACGGGGUUGCCUACAAUACACAUUCUUACGGUAGGAAGAGCAAAGGGAAGGAAGGGAGAAGAAGGGUAGGGGGAGGGAGAGAGAGAGAGAGAGAGAGAGAGAGAGAGAGCGGGUUGACAUCAGCAGUCUCCAGAAUCAUGCUUGCCAAUGGAGAAAGGGAAGCUCAUCCCAGAAGAAACACCUAGAAUUUUUCAUACUGCAGGCCUAACUGGAGCAAACUAUACACUUGUACUGGAAAUAAUCAAAUCAUCUCUUUUGCCGGAAGCUUCGGAUUAUCAGAUAUCUUUUUUAUUUCUGGUAAAUCACAAGCUCCAGCUCGGCGAAGCUGCCCUACAUUUUCUACUCUAUUUUCUCUAUGCGUUUUUUAUGUUUACAACGCCUCGUGGUGGCAUCUUCAGGCGGAUGUUUUCUUCAUCCAUAAAGGCAUAAACAAAAUUUCCCGACAGAAAUUUUCCCGACAGAAAUACAGGAGCGAGGUAAAGAGCCGAGGUGCAAAGAAAAGGGCAGAGUGGCGGACAUUGUGAGCCCGAAAACGGCCACACAGAAGAUGCACAAUUAAUCAAAACAUCGUCUUCUACAUCUCGAUACUCAGGACCGUAUCGGCACAGUAUGUAACACCGUCUCUCUGGUCUUAGCCUCUCGUUGUUUACAGCAAUCAAAACGACGUUAUUAUCAUCCCCAAACCGUCGAAUUGUUAAGAAAUAAAACGGGCAAUUUGCCCCGACAUUGUUCAGGUAAUAUUUACCUAAAGAUCAGUGUAACGUGAAGAUGUUCUACUGUGAUUUUGUGCACUAAGGUAAUCAAGCGAUCGCAAGAGGUGGAGGAAAAAAAACACGGCGUUACUUUAAGGCCUAGAAACGAGGUGUGCUUGAAGAGAACCGCGCUAAAGGAUCCUGACUGACAUUAGGAUACAUGUGCCUCUUAGAUAUGAGCAGAUCAACUCAGUGGCUUUGAGUUCCCAGCAACACUCCUGUGUUUUCCCAUAAUAUGCAACACACUGUUUGGGAUCCUUGACCACACCUGUUUUUUUAUAUCUGGACAAUCAAAUCUGCAGGUUUACUUUUUUCAGGAUACCAAAGUAAAAGUUUCAGGCGAGAUGGGAAGUGAUGGUGAAAUUUUAAGCCAUGACUUGGCAAAGGUGUCUGAUGAGGACUUGUUGGCAUGCUCAAAAGAAGAGCUGGUGAGUCGACUACGGCGAGAGGAGUCAGAGAAGAUGUCGGCGCUCAUUCAGCGUGGGCGCCUAAUCAAGGAGGUGAACAAGCAACUUCAGGGACAUCUGCUUGAAAUCAGGGAGCUCAAAGCCAUCAACCAGCGGCUGCAGGAAGAGAACCAGGAGUUGCGUGACUUGUGCUGCUUCCUUGACGAUGACAGGUUGAAAGUAAAGAAGCUAGCACGAGAAUGGCAACUGUUCGGUCAUCAUGCCGCCAAAGUGAUGCGUGAUGAUCUGGGCGGAUACCUGAAGAAGCUCUCUGAUCUGGAGCAUCUGCAGGAUGGUCUGGUCAAGGAGAAUCUGGACCUGAAGGAACUGUGUCUUGUGCUCGAGGAGGAGUGUGUGAGCAGGAGUGAUUCCAGUCCAGGAGGGUCAACUGAGCUCAACCUGCCAUGUAUGGUGGCCCGGGACCUCGGUGAUGGAAGCUCUAGUACUGGGAGCGUAGGCAGCCCUGACCAGCUCCACCUGGUGUGCUCACCUGAUGACUGACUCAGCUGACUGAUCAGAGAAAGAGAGAGGAUAAUAGCCAUUAUCCCUUUAUUCCUCUCAGAGAAUGACAGAGAAGAGCCUGAAUGAAGUUAUAUGGGCCAACCCAAAGGAGCAAAGAAGUUUAUGAUUUUAGUUGUCACCAAACAUCUCAGCUGCUUAUGCUAGACAAAUAGAUUGGCUACAUUAGUCUUUUCUUUGCUUUUCCCUUUAGACUCUUAUUAAUUUUACUCCCCUCAAUGUAGAUAGACUUUAUUAAUGUGAAUGAUAUUACUUUGCUUUGGGCAACAAGCAUGAUUGCAAUAGUUUUUAGCUUUACUUUAGCUUUGUCAUUUUGUGUUCAUUAAAUUUUUUGAAAAGAAAGUAGAACAAAGUCACUGGGAAUUUCCUCCCUUCUAAUCUCUUAUAUAAGAGGUUGUACAUAGGAAGUAACUGAUCAACUGGCAAUUUACCACCUGUUUUUAAUGCACUGAAAUGUAUUUUGAAGGGGUCUCAUGUUUUAAUGAUGAACUAAACAGGGCUGAAACAAAUCCCAAAUGAUUCAUGUUUUGAAACUGCAUAGAGCCAUAAAGUGAUCUCUUUGAGGUCAUGCACAACAGCACUGAAUCAUUUUUAAGGGGCUCUCAAGACCUCUGGUUUAAAACAAAUGGAUUGCCAGUUAUUUGGCUGUAUAAAAUGUGCACUGAAAAUGCAGAAUUAGUACACUUUCUCACUAUUAUGAUGUACUAAAGUUGCUCUAGGAAGAUUUGUUACACUAAACCAUCUAGUUGACUAUUACACUGGACAUCAGAUGAUUUUUGCGUUGAUAAAUUUUAUUAUUUACAUACUCA